AUGUCACUGAAUUGUUUGCACGAGAACCUGUUGCUUUACUGGAUUGAGGUUGUGUUUCUUUUCCUUAUCACUUGUUAUGUGUACCGUAAACUUAAGAUUGCCUACUUGUGCUAUCGUUUGGGUGCAAGCAAGCCUGUGUGGCUCAGAAAUCCUGGAAUUAUCAAUAGUCGUCGGGCUCUCUUAAUUUUCCGCUUGAAGAAAAAUGGUGAGUUGCUUGAGUAUUUAUGGAAGAUUUGGAACUCCAGCUAUGAGAACAUGAGGGUAUUAAUUGCUUACAAGGAACUUGUGGUGACAACCGAUCCAGAGAACAUAAAAGCACUUUUGGCUACUCAGUUCAAUGAUUUUGCCUUAGGAUUCCGUCACGCACAUUUUUCGCCAAUGUUGGGUGAUGGUAUUUUCACCUUGGAUAACGAUGGAUGGAAACAGUCCAGAGCACUUUUGCGUCCAAAUUUUUCCAGAGAAAAAAUUAGUCAUCUUCAUUCUUUGGAGACCCAUCUUCAAAGAUUGUUCAAGCACUUCAGAAAAUUUGAAGGUCACCCAUUCGACUUGCAGAACCUCUUCUUCAAGUUUACAGUAGACACCUCCACUGAAUUCUUGUUUGGACAUUCAGCAAACUCUUUGUCAGACGAAAGCAUUGGCGAGUAUCCAGAAGAGCAAUUCGAUGGACAGAGAGAUUUUUUUGAUGCUUUCAACAGAUCGCAGGAAAUUUGUUCUUCCAGAGCUUGGAUGCAACAAUAUUAUAUGUUCUCCAACCUCUUUUUCUUCUCUGAGUUCAGAAAGUGCAACAAGAUUGUCCACAAUUUUGCCAACUACUACGUUGACUCAGCUCUCAACAUGUCUAAUGAAGAGCUUGAGAAGCAGAGUGCUGAUGGAUACAUCUUCUUGUAUGAGUUGGCUAAGCAGACAAGAAACCGUAAGGUAUUGAAGGAUCAGGCACUUAACAUUAUGAUUGCCGGAAGAGAUACCACUGCUGGCUUAUUGUCAUUCACUUUCUAUGAGUUGGCUAAGCACCCAGAGAUUUGGGCAAGGUUGAAGGAGGAAGUGUACGAGAAGUUUGGGAAUGGCGAAAAUCCCCGAUUGGAGAAUAUCACUUUUGAGGCAUUGAAGAAGUGUAAUCUUUUAAAGAACAUCAUCUCGGAAGUUUUGAGAAUGUAUCCAAGUGUUCCCAUCAACUUCCGUCAAGCAAAUAAACACACCACACUACCAAGAGGAGGUGGUGAGGAUGGUAACAAACCACUUUUCGUUGAGCAGGGCCAGGUGGUGGCAUACAUUAUCAUUGCUACUCACAGAAACGAGAAGUACUAUGGUAAGGAUGCCGAUGUCUUCAGACCGGACCGUUGGAACGACCGUAACUUAAAACCCGGUUGGGCAUAUUUACCAUUCAAUGGCGGCCCCAGAGUCUGCUUGGGUCAGCAGUUUGCCAUCACGGAAGCAAGUUAUGUGAUUACUAGAAUAUGCCAGGAAUAUCCUAAUCUUUAUGACCACGACAGGGAGCCAGAAACCUAUCCUCCACGCAUGGUGUCUCAAUUGACUAAUUCGCUUGCUGCUGGUUGUUGGGUCUCCCUCUCUUAA